CCAAUAUCAACAACAACAAGCAAGGAGUAGCCCACGUCCUGCCUUGCUUGCUUGUGCUGGGUCGUUGUUGGCAUCUGUCCGGCAUCGCAACAUGUACGCGGCCAAGAUCAGGCACAGCGUCGAGGACACGCAGAAGCUCACCAUCGAGGAUGUUGCCUUGGCCAAAGAAAGUGACAACAAGUACUCGCUGUGGUUCACGACCGCCGAUGGGAACCUGCACAAGUCGGUCGUGCAUGAAUCACGCAAAGAUGGCUUCUCCGUCUCCCACAAGAAUGCGGACAUCACGUUCCGGAUGUCCAGGACACGGCCCAGCAGCAUGUGCCUGAGCCCGGAUCACCGCUUCCUGCUCAUCGGGCACAUGGACGGCCAGCUCGUGGCCGUGGACAGCGACCUGCGAAGCUCCACGCUGCUGGGCCGCGUCCGCUCCGGCGCCCCCAUCUCCACCAUCACCUACGACGAGCACCACUGCUGCUUCUGGGUGUGCUCGUCCGAUCUGGCCCUCACAGCAUGGGACGCCAACACGCUGCUGCCCAUCUGCUCCGUGUUUAUGCAGCCACCAGACGAGCCAAAGCGCAGGAGCACGCCUUACUCCGCGUGCGUCCGGCUCAUGAAGCGGCUCAUCCUCGUGUCCACGGGCACCGCCCUCGUCAACGCCAUGAUCCCGCCAGCGUGCUUGGCCAAACUCAAGGCCCCGCGCCCGCAGCGGCAGAACCUGCCCUCGGACCUCAUCUGCGUGCUCGACAACUGGCUGCCAACACAGCUCGCCUUUGACGGGCCCAUGGGCAACGAAGGGUUCGAUCUCGUGGACACCCCGCACAUGCGAUCUGACGCCGUCGGCAGCAGCACCAGCGGCACUGCCGAGGCCCGUGGUGACACCAGCACCACCAACAGCACCACCAACAGCACCAGCACCAGCGGUGGCGGCGGCGGCAGCAGCGUAUUUGAUGACACGACCAAGGGCCAUGCACGCGCCGGGACGUCCGCAUCGACGGCGUCAUCGUCCGCACAUCUGCACAUGAGCGCAUCUGUGUCGCUGGGCAGCACGGGCAAGGGCGCUGUGGGCGGGAUGGGCCGCCCGCGCAAGGCAUCGGGCCCGGCCUCCCUCGGGCAGCACCGGCGGCGAUCGGAGAAGGGCGAGGGGCAGCACAUGCUGGUGGCGGGGGCAACCACGUGCGAGGCAACGGAUUUGCCCACCAUGCACACGCAGCUGCACGUGCUGUUCUCCGACCCAAACAUGUCUGUGCACUCGUUCACCUUUGGCAAGUCGCAGGAGCUGUGGUGUGGCUCACACGUCAGCAGCUGUCUCUUUGUCUACGAUAUUGGCAUGCGCAAGCUGGCGCUCAGCUGGCUGGUGCCGUGUGCCGGCAUCACAGCCAUCCACCACCACGCUAACAGCAUCUUCGUGGGCACAAAGGAGGGCAUGACAUAUGCCUGGGACGCAAACACACACGCCCCACUCAUGCAAAUCUCCUUUCACAUGGACAUGGUUCGAUGCUUCGCCAACACAAGCAAUGUGCUUGUGAGCGUGAGUGGGUCUGGCGAUAGUUCCAUUGUCUUCUGCAACACGGCCGAGCUCCUGAAGCGAAAGUGCUUCGCCAUCACAGGCUCAUCCGCUGUCGUGGACGGCGACCCUGGUGUGCCGCAGUAUGCUGUCGACCGCUACGGGUUCUAUCGCAUGCACGUGCGCACGAACAUCGGGCCCUCCGCCGGCGAAUCAGAGUACCAGCACCUCCGCGCAACCCCAGACACGCUCGCAGAGUCAUAUGUCGCAAAGCACUCCGUUCUUCUCGAACAGGCCGCCCUCUCCCUCGCAGACAUUGAGCGAACAAACGAGUGGGAUGAGCUGAGUGCGUAUGUGCAGCGCGUGAAUCUGCAUGAGAGCGCACCUGGAGACGAGGUCGAACGCAUCAGGCAGCACAUCGAGCCAAAGACGGCGCUGUUUCGUCAGGGCAUUCCCGAGGAGCACCGCGUCACCAUGUGGAAAUUCCUUGUCCGCCUCAGAACACAUCCCACCCGCAAGUUCAAAAAGCCCGGCUACUACAAGCGCAUGCUCGAGUACAAGGGAACAACGCAGACACCGCUGCCGGAAGCAAGCCAGAUUGAGGUUGACCUUCGACGCACAUUUCCAAACAACAUCCAUUUCCAGAACAAAGAUCAGCCACUGAUGAUGGCGCUGAAUCGAAUCCUGCGGGCGUUUGGAUGGCACAACCGCCGCAUCGGCUACUGCCAGGGGCUCGGGCUGAUUGCCGGGUAUGCGCUGCUGGUGCUGGAGGAGGAGGACGCGUUCUGGGCGCUGACGACGAUUGUGGAGGACAUUAUGACGUGGGAAUACUACUCUAGCCAACUCCGCGAAACGCAGAUCGACAUGGCCAUCCUAGACGAUCUGAUGGAACAUUACCUGCCGGACCUCCACAAACACUUCCACAACGUCAACAUGGACACCACCUGCUACGUCAAGUGGUUUGUGCCGGCGUUUGUUGAUGUGUUCCCGCCCUUUAUCACUUUCCUCAUCUGGGACGCCUUCUUGCUCGAGGGCCGCGAGAUUCUGUUCCGGUUUGCGCUGGCCAUCUUCAAGUACCACUACGACAGUCUGAUGAGCACGACAGACGAUUCUGAAUUCCACUCAACAAUCAAGCGCGUCCUUCCUCAGACCACGGACAGCAAACGCCUCCUCGCAAUUGCAUAUGCGUGGGAUGAUCUGAGCGCUGUGAUUGCGCGCUCGCGAAAAACGACUGGAAAGUCUGUGAGGGAGCGCAUUGGAUCUGAAGCGCCGCGCUCGACGUCGUGAUGCCGAAGCCGCAGAACAGCGGUGCUUGCGUGCAUGCGUGUAUGCGCUUAUGUUUGUGUGUGUGUGUGUGUGUGUAUGUGUUGUUGUUGUUGUUGUUGUUGUUGU